CAUGCCAAAUGACACAUUCUUAAAAGUCUUGAAGAAAGGUCCAUUCCAAUUGUCGUUUGCUAAGACUUUGGCAGCCUAUCUGACAAGAGUGCUAGUCACCCUCCACACAGCUUUGAUAGCCCAUUGUGACAUAAAGCCUGAGAAUAUUUUAAUAGCCGCAGAUUACAAUUUGAAGCUUUGUGAUUUUGGUUUUGCUCGAGUCUGUAACGAGCCCUUAAGACCUCCUGGAGGCACUCCUGGAUACACAGCACCUGAGAUGUACAUUACUCCAUAGGUAAACCUAUUUAAGUGUGACAUUUUUGCAUUGGGUGUCGUGUUAUUUAUUGUAGUCAUGGGAUUCCCCCCCUUUCAAAAUAAUGACCCUAAUGUGAAAGAUGGAUGGUGGGGUUUAAUUCAGAAUAAGCAAUUCGACAUUUUCUGGAGCAAAUGCGAGUCAUUCAGACAAUAACAAUUUCCACAAGAAUUCAAGAACUUGAUUAUGUCGAUGUUGGAAUGCGAUCCAGAAAAACGGAUAUCUUUGUAGUAAGUGUUGGAACAUGAAUUUUUAUAGAAUGGAGCUUCAGAGGAGGAGGUGUUACAGGAAAUUGAGAAACGAGUUAAGGAAUGA